AUGUGCAACCCGCCGGCGAGCGUCCUGGCGGGACAGGGGGUGAGCAGCGUCGUCCGCCGGUGCAUCCACAAGGCCAGCCGGCAGGAGUACGCCGUGAAGAUCAUCGACAUCACGGCCGGCAACAUAUCGCCCAAGGAAGUGCAGGAGCUGCGGGAAGCCACCUCCAAGGAGAUCGACAUUCUCCGGAAGGUCUCGGGCCACCCCAACGUCAGUAAGUCGGGCUGUUCGGGCGCCAAGGCGGGAGGUUUCCCUCCCCGCGACGCCUUGGGGGGCCGAGAUCCCCACAGGCAAGAGGCUCCUUCCUCCCCCCUGCUGCUCCCAAAAGCCGCUUUCCCGCGGCUAACGAGAUGUGAUGAGUUGCAGUUGCUACCUGCCUGUGCCGUCACUGCAAAUAUCCCAUCCGGCACCCGGACACCCUGCGGUGGGACGGCAGGAGCCUCCUCCGGUUUGUUAACGCUUGUCGCCUUCCCCGCAGAAAUCUGCGGCACGCCGGGCUACCUGGCUCCCGAAAUACUGCAGUGCUCCAUGGACGACGAGCACCAAGGGUACGGAAAGGAGGUCGACAUGUGGAGCACGGGGGUGAUCAUGUACACACUGCUGGCCGGCUCGCCGCCCUUCUGGCACCGCAAGCAGAUGCUGAUGCUGCGCAUGAUCAUGAACGGGGACUACCAGUUCGGCUCCCCAGAGUGGGACGACCGCUCCGACACUGUCAAGGACCUGAUCUCGCGGUUCCUGGUGGUGGACCCGCAGCAGCGGUACACGGCCAGCGAGGCGCUGGCCCACCCCUUCUUCCAGCAGUACGACGUGGAGGAGGUCCGGCACUUCAGCCCCUUCCGGAAAUUCAAGGUCAUCUGCCUGACCGUCCUGGCGUCCGUCCGCAUCUACUACCAGUACCGGCUCGUGAAGUCGGUCACGCGGGAGCUGGUGGUGCGUGACCCUUACGCCCUGAAGCCCAUCCGCAAGCUGAUCGACGCCUGCGCCUUCAGGACCUACAAGCACUGGGUGAAGAAGGGGGAGGUGCAGAACCGAGCCGCCCUCUUCGAGAACACCUGCAAGGCCAUUCUGCUGGCCUUGGCAGCGGAGGAAGAGCUGUUCUGAUCGCCACGUAAAGCUGUGCCUGUACUGUGUAAAGUGUAUGAAUUUAGUCAGAGAUCAGGCAAGUAAAGCCUUUGGAAACCAAC